AUGGAGCUCCAACCAGCGGACGUCGACGCGCGUAGAGACGAGCUGUACUGGGUGCGCGCGGCGCGGCUGCUCCUCUCCGCCGCGCCCGAGCACCUCUUCGCUCCCCGCUUCAAAGCGCUGUGGAAUCGGCGCUACCCGGAUCUGCCGUGGGACGCAUCGCGAGGCGGCCUCCUGGUCGACGGCUCGCCGUCCUUUGAUCUCGAGCUCCUCGGCACCGUGACAUUCGAGCGCGGCUCGGCGUCGAUCAUGCUGACCGCAGAGGAUUUGAGCGGCAAGCUCCCUCCGCGCGUUCGCUUUACGCUGCGUGCGCCGGGCGGCUCGCUGCUGGGCGAAUACCGCGUGACGCCGGGCAAGCGUGCUGCCGAGUACAGCGCGUCGCGGCUGCCUGUCGACCCCGCCUACAGCGGCCCGCUCGAUGUGGAGCUGCAGGUGCUGCGGCAAACGGUGCUCGGCUGCCGGCCCAGCUCAGAGGCUACAAAGGGCAACGCGCCCGACAAGCUGAGGGCGGGGCUGCCGGAGAAGUGGGACGGCGGGCUGCAUAUGAGCGUCUGGACGGACCAUUGGCUCGACUUGGGCUGCCCGGCGUCGCUGCGGGACGACCUCAAGGCGAUCAACGACUUCCGCAAUCAGCUCAUCGCGCACGCUGCCAACCCCGGCCGGCUGACGCUGCCGCUGAAGGCGUACCGGGGGCUUCGUUCGAUGCUCCAGGCGUUUGCAAAGGACCACGUGAAGGCGCUGGACGUGUCGUCAUGCGAGGCGAUGCUGCGGGCCAUCGACGAAGUGAACGGCAUGACGUUUCAGGCGUCGGCGUUUGAGGAGCUGAGGAAGGCGAUGCAUUUGGAGGCGCAGGUCCAGGCCGCGGCUCUGCGGCAGCAGGUGCAGCAGCAGGCGGAGGAGACGCGGCAGGUGGUGAUUAACGACGGUUCGAGCACACGUGAUGCUCUGAGGCAGCAUCGCGAGGCCGAUCUUGGUCGCGAGGCGCUGGAGGCGGACCAGCAGGUAGAGGCGGCAGUCGCGGCGAUGCAGGUAGAGCAGCUGAAGGUGAAGCAUGCGCUGGCAAAGCGCGACGCGAUUCAGCGCGACCGGCGUCUGACCACUCGGCCGCUGAUACAGCCGAUACCUCUCGGCGGCGUCUCACGACAGCAGCUCGAUGAGCACUCGGCUGCUCUUGCCACGCCGCCCUCGGCGGCUGCGGGGAAAGAGCGCAGCGCGACGCUAUCCUCAUCAGGCAGCAGCGGCGCCUCCACCAUCCUUACCAUCACCAUCGAGGGCAGCUUAACCGGUCCGCCGCCCUUUGACAGCGGAGCGUUCAAGGCGAGGCUCGCCGAGAAGCUUGACAUGCGGCCCGACGACCAGUUCAAAGUCAGACUGGUCAAGCAAGGCGGCCGUCGGCAGCACGAGGUGCAGACGAGCCCGAGCUUCUUCGUCCGCGUCGAGGUCGACGAGCAGGGCUACCUGAGCUACGAGUCAAGCUCUUCGGAGUCCGCCAGCGCGAGCGGCAGCGAGAGCUCCGACUUUUCCGCUGCCGACAAGGAGGCCGCCAGCGGCGAGAUUACCAUGCAUGUAAAGCGUGCGUUGCGGCCGCACCGCGUCGCGGCCGAGGCGAUCGAGGUGCUCUGGGUGGAGGAGGGCUCGAUCGUCGUCGGGCUGCAGCUCGACCUGCCGUAUGCUCUCAAGCUGAUUGACUUGCACCAGAGUAAAAGGCUCGGGGAGGAGUUCAGCAUCGUCUCGUGCGCCCUCGGCGAGCAGCGCCCUUCCGUCUCGAAAGCCGAGAUGAACGAAGUCCCUCUGGCCGUUCGCAACGAAUUCCCUCCGGCCAUUCGCGAGGUCGUGUUCGCGCCGAACCAUUUUGAGGCGCUCGGCCUGCCGGUGAGCCGGGUUGUGGACGAUUCUGAGUUGAAGCGCGCCUUCCUCAAACGCAUUCGGGCUGUUCACCCGGACAAUCACCGUCUGACGGACGCAGCUCUGCUCGCAGAGGCGGCUGAGGCAGUGGCAGAGGCGGCGGCGGCGGAGGCAGCGGCGGCGGAGGCAGCGGCGGCGGAGGCGGCGGCGGCGGCGGCGGCGGCGGCGGCGGCGGCGGCGGCGGAGGCGGAGGCGGCGGUGUUGGCGGCGGCGUGGGUGGCGGAGGGGGCGGAGGCGGCGGAGGCGAUGGCGGCGGCGGCGGCGGCGGCGGAGGAGGAGGAGGAGGAGGAGGAGGAGGAGGAGGAGGAGGAGGCGGAGGCGAAGGCGGAGGCGGAGGCGGAGGCGGCGGAGGCGGAGACGGAGGCGGCGGCGGCGGCGGCGGAGGCGGAGGCGGAGGGGUGGGCAGAGGCGGAGGCGGAGGCGGGCUGCUUAGCAGCAUCGAAGCGGCUCAACGAGGCUCGCGAUGUGCUCAAAGACCCGUUCCGCUGCGCCGAGCAUGUCGAUGAGAUUGAGCGCGCGCGCGGUGCUGCUCUUAAGGGCCCGUGGGAAAAGGACGCCCUUCAAGAGCUGGAGAAGGUGCAGGCACGACGGGAUGCACACCGGAUGGAGGCGGAGGCCAAGGCAAUGGCAGAGGCGGAGGCCAAGGCAGCGGCGGCAUUGCCGCUGCUGGCGAGCAGCGUCGAUUUGUCGGGAUUCGACCUUGGCGACGGUGGCGAGAUGGUGGGAACGGUUGUCGCGUGGAUGGAGUCGGCGCCGUCGGCGCUGACGUCGCUGACGCUCGACUGGGGCAAGGUGUGCGGCCGCGUGCGGGAGGCGGUGCUGGACGUGGUGCGGACGACGCGCACGCUCGUCGCGCUGAGCGUGGGCGAGGAGGGGACGAUGCCGCUCAACCCGCUGCAGCUCAACGGGCGCGGGGCGGUGAAGUCGCUCGAUUUGUCGUACAAGUUUUUAGGACCCCGAUCGGCUGCCGUCAUUGCGGCUGGUGUUUCCGUCAACGGGGUGCUGACCAACCUCGUGCUCUGGGGAAACAACAUCGGCGACGAGGGCGCCAAGGCGCUAGCAGCCGCUCUUGGCGUCAACGGGGUGCUGACCUCCUUGGAUGUGCGCGGCAACAGGAUCGGCCCCACCGGCGCCACCGCGAUCGCCGACGCCCUCAAGGGCAGCGGGGUAUUGACCUCCUUGGAUGUGGGCUUGAACGGCCUCACCGAGGAGGCGGCCCUCGGCAUCGUGCGUGUUGAGCGGCAGCGCAACAAGCUGACCUCGCUGGGCUUGGCUCGCUGCAGCAUCGGCCCGACUGGCGCCGCAGAGAUCGCCGAGUACGUGUCGGGCAGUGGGGUGCUGAAAAACCUCAACCUACGCGAGAACCGCAUCGGCCCCAAGGGAAGGAAAGCGAUUCACGAUGCGGUGAGCGGGCGGGAAGGGUUCGAGCUCGAGAUGUGA